AUGGCUGAUGUCCAAUACUAUUUCCUCUGCUUCCUUCUCUGUUUAGUCUCCACCUUCCUGCUCAAAUCCUUUCUGGGCAAGCUCACCAGGUCACGUCUCAGCCUCCCUCCCAGCCCACCAGCCCUCCCACUCAUCGGUCACCUCCAUCUCCUCGGAUCAUACCUCCCAAUAUCCUUGCAUAACCUCUCCACCAAGUAUGGCCCUCUCUUCUACCUUCGCCUUGGUGCUUCUCGGUGCAUUGUUGUUUCAUCGGCCUCUGUGGCGACCGAAAUAUUCAAAAACCAGGAUCUUACUUUCUCGGAUCAUCCAAAACUAGGUUUCGCAGAUGAAAUGCCAUAUGGAAAGUACGGGUUUUUCAGCGCCCCAUAUGGUGAUUAUUGGCGAUUCGUCAAGAAGCUGUGCAUGACCGAACUGCUCUCACCCAGACAGCUUGAACGCUCACGGGGUGUACGAGAGGAAGAACUUAACUGGUUUUUGCGUAGUGUGCUCGAGUGUGCUGAGAAGAAAGAGGCUAUCGACGUAGGUGCUGAGCUAAUGAAGUUUUCAAAUAACACUCUAUGCAGGAUGGCUAUGAGCACAAGGUGUUCGGAGAAAGGUGAUGAAGCUGAGGAGAUUAGAGAGUUGGUGAAAGAUAUAUUUGAUUUGGGUUCAAAGAUGAUUCUUGGGGAUGUGUUGGGACCCCUAAAAAAAUUGGCUUUCUGGCUUUAUGGAAAGGAGGUCAUGGAUGUGUUGGUGAGGUUUGACAGGCUUUUGGAAAGGAUGUUGAGGGACCAUGAAGACGAGGGUAAGAAGAGAGAGCAUGAAGAUUUAAUGGAUAUUUUGCUGAAGGUACAUAAAGAUGACAAAGCUGAGGUCCAGAUGACCAGAACCCAUCUCAAGGCUUUAGUUGGAGAUCUUUUCAUCGGAGGCACCGGUACCUCAUCAGAGGCCAUUCUAUGGACGAUAGCUGAGCUCAUCAACCAUCCAAAUGCAUUCAACAAGCUCAGAGAAGAGAUAAAAUCGGUUGUUGGCAGUACUAGACUGGUUGAGGAAUCGGAUAUCCCAAAUCUCCCCUACUUACAAGCAGUUGUCAAAGAAGGGCUAAGACUAAACCCACCAGCGCCUGUUGUAACAAGAGCACCCCGCCAAGAUUGUAAACUAGAAGGCUUUGAUAUACCCAAAAAAACUAUGAUAUUCAUCAACCUAUAUACAAUAAUGAGGGAUCCAAAUAUAUGGGAAAACCCAGAUGAGUUCUGGCCGGAAAGGUUCUUAGUUUCCUCUUAUAAAGAAGGUAAAGAAAAUGUGGAAGAAACUUUUCAGUUUCUUCCUUUUGGGGCGGGGAGGAGAGCAUGCCCUGGCUCAAAGUUGGGGUUGAGUAUGCUGCAGAGGACAAUUGCAGUCAUGGUUCAGUGCUUCGAUUGGAAGGUUGGUGGAGAUGGAGAAGCUAAGGUCAAUAUGGAAGUUGAAAAAGGUGCUUUCCUACACAUGGUCCAUCCACUUGUAUGCCUUCCUGUUGUUCACUCCAACCCAUUUUCUUCUUAAUUAUUCGACAUGCUUCACUACGUAUAGUACAUGACUAGAAAUUGGACCGAAUAAA